CAGGCAGAAAAAGUCCUGGAGAAGAACAGAUCCCGUGGUUCACAGGCAGCUUUCCAGUUCAUGGACCGGGCUCAUGAAAAAAAUCAAACCAGUCAUUUCCUCCAGUUCCUUCCAGCCUCUGGUACAAAGUGAUCAAACAGUAAAUUCAGAAAUUACAAUUGCUUAUGUGUUCAUAGUCUGUUGUGUCACUCCAACCAUGAGACUCAUCUUUCAAGUGUGUUCAAUGAUCAUCACACUGGGCAACCUUGUGGCUUCUCAAGCACAAUCUUCUGGUUUGAAAGAUGCCAUCAACAUCACAAUAAUCAAUUUCAAUAAUGAGAAGAUGCAGAUCACAUGGGCAGCAAGAGAGCUUUUUCACAAUGAGAAUGUGUCAUUUUCUUACACAUUUGAUGAAGGCAAGCAAAAAGUUUGGAAGCCAUGUCCCGCCUAUUUAUUGGAUCAAGAUUAUAAUUUUGGGUGUCUUUUUAAGACAGAAGGACCUACCCUUGCCAUCUCUAUUAGGAACAGCAACGGAAGUGAAGAGCUUUUUUCUAAAAAGCUAAAAUCUGAUUUUUAUAUAAAGCCCAAUCCACCAGAAAAUGUGACCUUCUUCUGGAAAGAGGACACGGUUACUGUGAGCUGUAAUAAACCAGAGAGAGCUGUGAAGUGCUUGAGGCUUGAGCUUCAAUACAAAAGCAUGUUUGACAAAGAGUGGCAAUCCAGAACUUCCAGAUGUUGCCGUGUUGGAGAUCAAGGCUUUGAUUCAAGGAAAUGCUAUUCUUUCCGGGUCAGACUGAAGAGGCUAGUACCCCACUGCAACGUAGUUAAUUACAGCAGUGACUGGGAAGCAGAAACAUUUUGGAUGAAUGGCACGUUAUUAGAUUCAUGUGAUGAUGAUAGAACAUCUCAGUCAAACACAGUAAUUGUUUUAAGUUGUUUGCUUGCAGUAUUUCUGAUGAUGAUUAUCCUCCUGAUUCUUCUGUGUAAACGGAAGAGGCUUCAGAUGUCAGUCAUGCCUGCUAUACCAGAUCCAAAAUACAUAUUUGCUGAUCUCUUAAAUGAUCAUAAUGGAAACUUCCAGGAAUGGCUAGACAAAACUGAUCAUGUGGUGCUUCAAACCAAGCUAGAAUAUGAAGAGCCAGAGUGCAUCACUGAGGCAGAAAGCCAACAAGAAGAUGAAAAGAAUAGUGGCAAACAGGGGCCUUUGGAAAAAAUCUUUACUUUUUCAGGAAUGGCUGAAAAUAGUGACCUCAAAGCAACUCAGAUUACCUGCCUGGUACCAGCAUCCAACACUAUAGCUUCUUUUGCUGGCUUCCAUAUUUUAAUGAAUGAUGACAUGUAUGUGACUUUAUAAAAUCUGCACAAUGCAGAAGGUGUUAGGAAGUUACAUAAAAGAUCCUAUUGAGUUUAGGGGAGUGACUGAAUAGAAAAGAUCAUUAUGAUAAGACUCACUUCAACGAAGGCACUGGGCUGUGUUAUCUCUUUUUGGAUCUGUACUUUCCCAACAGUGGUGAUAACUUGGGCAGACUCAGUGUUUGAAACAAACUCCUGAUAAUUUAUAGAACUAGGAUUGUUUUUCUAAUUGGGGUCUAUCUCUAAGAGUAAACUGAGCCUUAUUUUCCUCUAUGGACAGGAGAGGACAAGAGGUCCUCCAUAAUAUAUGUCAGUAGAGCUGAGACUUAGUCCUCAUGCUUAUGGAAUGUAGAGCAGUGCAAACUGGACUGAUGUUCUUCCCAAAUGAAGAGGGAAAAUGAAGAGAUUCUGCUGUCUCACAAAGGCCAGACCAUGUAUUGUGCUUUUUCAGUGAUAGAGUGUGCAAGCCUUCCUUAGACUAGAGUUCUUGCUCUUGUAAACUGCUUCUCCCAGUGUAUAACUUUGCACUGCAUAGCAUGCCUUCAAGGUUUUAUGAGGAAGCAAUAAGACCCAUGUCUAAGAACAGAAGAACGAGGAUGUACAGGAUUGAGCCAUAUUUCAUCCUGCAAGUAGUGUUGCAAGUAGCAUCCCAUAGAACAGGACAGGACUUCAAGUGCCUCAUCUAAAGGUCAGGUCCUCUGUAUCUUACAGUCUUUGUACUGUCAGCAUCUUACAGUCUUUAUUCUAGAGCUGAGGUUCAUUUUUAACAGUAUUUACAUUUAAAUGAGUAGCAUUUAUUUCAAACUGGGGUUUGGUGCAAGCAGCACCUGCAGACCCAAAUUAAGAUUUACUCAUAUUGCGUAUGCUAGAUUCUUAGUUUUCUUUAGAAAAUGUUUACUUUGUUUUGUUUUGGUU